UCCGGUCUCCGGGCCGUGUGACGUCAGACGCGCUCCGGCACAGAGACAACAUGGCGGACGUGGUGACGGUCGGCGUGAACCUGGACGCUUUCUCUCACGCGAUCAGCGGCAUCCAGGCGCUGCGCUCCAGCGUCAGCCGCGUGUUCGAGUCCCUGAAGGACGGCAUGAAGAACCGGGAGACCCUGGAGGGCCGAGAGAAGCAGUUCAUAGCCGAGUUCCAGGACAACCUGCAGGCGGUCAACAGAGACCUGAAUGAGCUGGAGCGUCUCAGCGGGCUGGUUGGUCGUCCCUCAGAGUCUCAUCCUCUUCAUAACAGCGGUCUGCUCAGUCUGGAUCCAGUCCAGGACAAAACCCCGCUCUACUCCCAGCUGCUGCAGGCCUACAAGUGGUCCAACAAGUUGCAGUACCACGCAGGAUUGGCCUCCAGUUUGUUGAAUCAACAGUCACUCAAACGAUCGGCCAAUCAGAUGGGAGCUUCAGCCAAGAGACGACCCAAAGUACAACCCAGUACCCUGGUACUUCCUCCUCAGUAUGUGGAUGAUGUCAUCUCUCGGAUCGGCAGGAUGUUUCCUGAUAUGACCAUCGAGCUGUUCAGACCCAAUGGGACGUCUGCGGUACUGCUGGUGACUCUGGGGAAAGUGUUGAAGGCAAUUGUCGUGAUGCGUUCACUGUUCAUCGACAGAACCGUCGUUCGAGGAUUCAGCGAAAAUGUUUACAACGAGGAUGGAAAGCUGGACAUCUGGACCAAGUCUCAGUACCAGGUGUUCCAGAAGGUAACAGACCACGCCACCACCGCCCUGCUGCACUACCAGCUGCCCCAGAUGCCUGAUGUGGUGGUCCGGUCCUUCAUGACCUGGUUGCGGAGCUACAUUAAACUCUUCCAGUCUUCAUGUCAGCGAUGUGGUCGUUUCCUGCAGGACGGACUUCCUCCAACAUGGAGGGACUUUAGGACCCUGGAGGCGUUUCACGACACCUGUCGCAUGUAAACACUUCCUGUUUAUUUUUGUUUAUUUUUGUUU